UGAUUACUGCAUGGUAUUUUUAGAGAUUUGCUGCAGUGUAAGGCGCUAGUCUGUGCCUAAGGGUUCCUAAACUGGAAUGCAGUGGUAUGUGAAAGUAGUCAACAACUGUUUGUGGUAGUGCUUAUUGUAGCAGUAGGAUGAGCACCUUUAGCUGUGUUUGUUGCACAGUCAGUUAUCUGGAGAGUAAGGGGGGGGGAGCAGGAGCCACAGUGGGACAGUAGUGAAGAUUGAAGGGGGGACAGGUUUGAGCCCUGGUUUGUAGAGGUGGAAAAGGUAGCUAGGAGCCUGAAGCUGAGGUCCCACUGGGGGAGGAUGUAUUAGAAGGAUGCAGAUAGAGGUUCAUAGACUCUGGCCAAAAUGUCAUUCCUGCUGUUGGUACCUAAGCAAGUAAAGUUUGAGAAUCUAUGGUAUAAUACAACGAUAGGGUAAAAGAUUCAAGAAUAUAAGAUAUGCUGCUACUACAAUAGAUUCAGAUCUGAUAUUCAGUUUCUGAAAGGUGUGGAGGUCCCACUAUUCUCUAGUCUGCACAUGAGCAGUGUUUAAAAGACCUUAUAUUCAUAGAACAUUCAGCUAACAGAAGAGCAUUGAAAAUGUCUGAAACAGUUCUGAACAUCAAUAUUUAAUGCCCCAUGAUUAGAAUUUUCUUUUAGCUAGGUGACUGUUCUUAAGUUAUAGUAAUUGCUACAAUGCUUUCUGACUGAAGUAACCUCCAUGGUAGGAGCAAGUAUGUCUAUUCAAAAUAGUGAUCUAACUGCUUUUGCUGCUAGAAAGCCUGCUAGAAGGGUGCUAGAAAAGCUGCUAGAAAGGGUGGACUGUUGAGCACCUAUAUGUCCUGAAUGAGAAAGAUUCAUGCUCACUGUAAAAGUUGAGACUUGCUCAAACUGUGUAGUAAGCAGCUGAAACUGAGCUGAAAAACAAAUUUUCUGACUGAGUAGUUCAAGUCUUCCACUUCUCAGUAGUUAGAAAUAGCUUAUUUUCAAGAUCUUGAUUACUUUUCUUUUGUUAAAUCUCAAUUUGUUUAUGGGCAAUUCUUCACCUCGUUAUCAUCCAGUUUGUGUUUGUUGAGAAAUGAUGUAUAUAACUGAUGUGCCAAAAUGGUAGGCUUUACUUCUAUCCAAUACCAAUGUAACUGAUUUAUUUUUCAGGUUGUCUGUCUGCUACAGUCCCAGGUGGGCAGAUGUUUCAGUUUACAGUUAUCAAGCAUGCUGCAGAUUCAGGCCCAAUGUGUCUUCCAAGGAAGGAGAGCCCUUCCAAAGGAUGGUUCAAAUAGUGGCCUAUUUCUUUUUCUGAGCUUCUGAAACAGUCUGAGAAGGAGCCUGACUUCCCCUGCAGCUACAGGAAGGAAGGUGAAUGUUGGUCUUUCAUUGGUCUCCAGUGUAUGUUGGAGACCGCAAAUAUCACAUUCAUCUUUGAUGUCAGUCUGUUGAUGGAAGUAAGUGGCAUGAUUAUACAUUUUUAACAAGUGAAGGCCUUUUUCUCGGACCCUAGCAUAAAAAACAGAGGCAGCAGAACUAGCCCGUGGCUUCCAUCAGCACCAUGGUAUUUAACGUCUUAAGUGCGUUCUUGCAGAAGUGAAGAUAUUUAUCUGAUGGCUUCUGUUCUGAGUUGUGCCUGCUAGAUUUGAUCCUUAUCAAGACUAGUUUGGAAGGAUUCUGACUGUGAGCAAGUCUUCAGGCUGGUCUGUUAGCUGCCACUGAGAAGCCAGUUCAUUAUCUAAUGUCUGACACUGUACAUAUUUUGGGACAAAACCGAAGUUGACUGCACAUUUGGAAAGGUUACUGAAUUGCUAUCAUAAGAGCGACAUCAGUGGGCAUCUGUAUCAUGACAUUCCAUUGCACGCAUCUUUUUCUCUUGCUUCUGCUUGGUUCAUGGUGGCCAGAUUCAGAGAAACAUGUGGUGGGAGCUGCGAAGAUCAGGGAGCACUAUAUCGCUGCUCAGAUCACUAGCUGGACCUACAAACCAGUAUCUGAGGAAAAGUCCAGAUUGGCCCAUUCAGAUCCUGUGUUUAAGAAAAUUGCUUACAGAGAAUAUGAAGUGGAUUUUAAAAAAGAAAAGCCAGCAAACAAAUUUGCAGGACUUCUGGGACCAACUCUGCAUGCUGAAGUGGGAGAUACUUUAGUAGUUCACUUUAAGAACAUGGCUGACAAACCAGUCAGCAUUCAUCCCCAAGGCAUAGCUUACAACAAAAAGGCUGAAGGUUCCCUAUAUGAUGACAGAACAUCAUCUGUGGAAAAACAAGAUGAUGUUGUGCUUCCAGGCCAGGUCUACACAUAUGUGUGGGAUAUUACCGAAGAAGUUGGGCCAAGAGAAGCUGACCUUCCAUGUCUUACUUACACCUAUUAUUCUCAUGAGAACAUGGCAAUGGAUUUUAACUCCGGUCUGAUUGGAGCAUUGCUUAUCUGUAAGAAAGGAAGCCUGGAGGAGGAUGGGUCACAGAAACUUUUCAGCAGGGAGUAUGUGCUGAUGUUUGGUGUGUUUGAUGAAAGCAAAAGUUGGCAAAAGUCAUCAUCACUGAAGUACACAAUUAAUGGCUAUGCUGAUGGGACAUUACCAGACUUAGAGGCUUGCACCUAUGACAACAUUAGUUGGCAUUUGAUAGGAAUGAGUUCCAAGCCAGAAAUUUUCUCCAUUCAUAUCAAUGGCCAGACCAUGCAGCAAAGAUGUCACCGAGUUUCUACUGUUAACCUAGUGGGAGGAGCAUCAACCACAGUAAACAUGACAGUCAGUGAAAAAGGAAGGUGGCUAAUAUCUUCUCUUGUCCAGAAGCAUCUGCAAGCUGGACUGCAUGGUUACCUCAGUAUAAGAGGCUGUGAGGACAAAGAGGUGAAGAAGAAGAGCCUCUCCUUUAGAGAACGCCUUAUGGUCAAGAAUUGGGAGUAUUUCAUUGCUGCAGAAGAAGUUACUUGGGAUUAUGCCCCAAAUAUUCCAGACAACCUUGAUAGACGCUAUAAAGCACAGCACUUGGACAACUUCUCAAAUCUCAUCGGUAAAAAGUAUAAAAAGGCUGUUUUCAGGCAGUAUACAGAUGCAAGCUUCACCAAGCGUCUGGAAAAUCCUCGGCCCAAGGAAACCGGAAUUUUGGGACCCAUUAUCAGAGCUCAACUCAAUGACAAAGUCAAAAUUGUAUUCAAAAAUAAGGCCAGUCGACCCUACAGCAUUUAUUUCCAUGGAGUGACACUUUCAAAGAAUGCAGAAGGAGCUAGUUAUCCUCUGGAUACUACAAGCAACAGCACCCAGAGCACAGGAAUUCAACCAGGGAAGACCUACACUUACGAAUGGAAAAUUGCCGAAACAGAUCAACCCACUGCACAGGAUGCACAGUGUAUUACAAGGCUAUACCAUAGUGCUGUAGAUACUGAGAGAGAUAUAGCCUCUGGACUGAUUGGCCCACUUCUGAUUUGUAAAAGUGAAUCACUGACCCAGAAGGGUGUGCAGAAAAAAGCAGAUGGGGAGCAGCAGGCAAUGUUUGCUGUGUUUGAUGAAAAUAAGAGCUGGUACAUAGAGGAUAACAUCAAGGACUACUGCAGCAACCCUGCCAGUGUUAAAAGGGAUGACCCCAAGUUCUAUAACUCGAACAUAAUGCACACAAUAAAUGGCUAUGUGUCCGACAGCAGUGAAAUCCUUGGAUUUUGCCAAGAUAAUGUGGUUCAGUGGCACUUCUCCAGUGUUGGCACUCAUGAUGAGAUUGUCUCUGUUCGCCUUUCUGGGCACUCUUUUCUGUAUCAAGGGAAAUAUGAAGAUGUGUUGAACCUUUUCCCAAUGAGUGGAGAAUCAGUCACAGUGGAAAUGGACAAUGUUGGUACUUGGCUUUUAGCAUCCUGGGGUACCCCAGAGAUGAGUUACGGCAUGAGGCUGAGAUUCAGAGAUGCCAAAUGUGACUAUGAGGAAGAUUACGCAUAUGAUGUUGUGGAUUUUGCUUCCACCAAGACUGUUAAAAAUGCUCUUUCCACCUCAGUGGAAGAUGAGGGAGAAGAAGAAGAAGAGACAGAGGACUUGGCUUAUCAGGACUACCUGGCCACAGCUUACUCCAUCCGAAGCUCAAGGAAGUCAGAAGGCAAUGAAGAAACACAAAACCUUACAGCUCUGGCCUGGGAACAGUACUCUGGCACUGACACUGCAAGUUCUGAAGUGGCUCAUGACUCAGAUCUAACAUCUAUAAAGAGUAAUGAAUCUGCAAACCCUUACAUGUUCCUAGAAAGUCAUAUCACUCCUCUUCCCCUAACUGAGGCUGAAACAUUCCAGUCAAAUUACACGUCAGCCACAGCAGAAGAGGAUGUAUUUUUGACUAGCACAGGUGAUGGAAAGCCUGACUUGGUGUUUGAGAAUAGAAGCCAAAGCAAUUACGGAGUAGAUCGUAGUAACAUGUCUGCAGAUGAACACUUACUGAGCAAUGGGGAAGCCCAAAUGAAAGUUGCAGGAGAGCUUCUCAUUGAUGGAAAGGACAGUAAAAUUUUUUCAGAAAAACAUCAAGAGGAAAGUACAGGAAGAGGAAAUGAUAACAUUGAUCAUAAAAGGAAAAGGCGAAACUCACUGGCCACUAAGUUUUACUCUGUCCAAAAGGUGAAUGCCCUUCUAUAUCAUGUACGAAAUAAAAAUGUCUCAUUCUCUGACGAGACAAAUGCACCUCAUUCCAUGCAUCAUCCAGAAAACACAUCCAAUGUAGCCAUGGUGGGAACUGACCAGCUUCUGAGUGAUUAUGAUGAUGAACUGGAAGAGGAGGAAGCUAAGAUGGAAAAUGCCAUGCAUGCAAUUAACUUGACCCUUGCUUCAGAACUCACUGUAGAAAGAAAUGAGUCUAAUGUAUACAACCUCUCUGGAUUCAACCUAUCCAAAGAUAAACAAGCAGACACUUCUUUAGAUCAUCCAUUAGGUAAUAUAAACCCUAAUUUCAAUCCUGCAAUAGUGAAGAACUUGUUGGAAGCAUCAUUGCCCAGGACUAUCAAGUAUUCAUCUAAAAUGACAAAUGAGGAAUGGAAUUUGGUCUCUGCAAAGGAGAGUCUGGGAUUAGAGGCAAAUUUAGAUAAAUCUGUUAGUGGUAAAUUAAAUCAUGGUAGAAGAAAUGGUACAGUAUUCCUGAAUAAGAAGCAUAUGAAGAAGUAUUUACAUCUAAUGGAAAGAAAACAGGGAGGGAGCCACACGCACACAACUCUGAAACGAAAGGGGAGGAACAAGAAUGAUACUUUGAGUACAUUUGGAACCUUCAUCAAGACCCGAAGGAAAAAAAAGGAAUAUCCAAAGAAUACUCACUUGCUGAGCCCAAGGAGUAAAAAGCCACCCAAACUCACCAAGCCUACUGUGAAGUUCAACUGCACAUUGUUCCCAAGUGAGGCCACCCACACACCACCACCGUGUUUCUUUAACACAACAAGAACACCCAAUGCUGCCAACCAUACAGUGCAUCUGAGCAGAGCCAACCGUGAAGGGCUGACAAACAACACAUUGACCCCGCGACAGUUUAAACCAUCAAUCGUGAUUGGGCUUCCCCAUGAAAAUGGGGAUUAUGAAUAUGUUACGGGAGACUAUUACAGUGAGGACACAUCAGGUGGUGAAUAUGAAUACCAUUAUGUGAGCUUUGAAGACCCAUACAUGACAGACCCAAAAGUGAAUAUCAAAGAACAGCGUAAUCCAGAUACCAUUGCUGGGCAUUACCUGCGUAGCAAAGGGAACGAGAGGAGAUACUACAUUGCAGCUGAAGAGGUUUUGUGGGACUAUGCAGGAUUUAAAAGAAGCACAACAGUGAAUGACAAAACCCGUCAAGAUGGAGGCAGCAUCAGAUAUAAGAAAGUGAUUUUUCGAAGCUAUACAGAUAGUACCUUUACAACUCCUCAGGAAGAAAAUGAAUAUGAAGAACAUCUUGGCAUCCUGGGGCCAGUUAUCCGGGCUGAAGUGGAUGAUGUCAUCCUAGUUCAUUUUAAGAAUCUGGCAUCCAGACCGUAUUCCCUCCAUGCUCAUGGACUCUUCUAUGAAAAGUCCUCUGAGGGAAGCGUUUAUGAUGAUGAGUCUAGUGCGUGGUUUAAGGAAGACGAUGCUAUUCAGCCAAAUAACAGCUAUAUAUAUGUAUGGUAUGCAAACAGACGAUCUGGACCUGUGCAGUCAGGAGCAGCUUGUCGGUCCUGGGUCUACUACUCUGAUUUAAACAUGGAGAAAGAUAUUCACUCUGGUUUGAUUGGGCCAAUACUGAUAUGUCAGAAAGGCACCUUCAAUACAUCGAGCAACAGCAAAACACCAAUCCGAGAAUUUUUCUUACUUUUUAUGGUCUUUGAUGAAGAAAAAAGCUGGUAUUUUGACAAAUCUUCUAGAAGACCUUGUACUGAGAAGACACAAGAAAUGCAAAAAUGCCACAAAUUCUAUGCCAUUAACGGGAUAACCCACAAUUUGCAAGGCUUGAGGAUGUAUGAAGGUGAACUAGUCCAAUGGCAUUUGCUGAAUAUGGGAGGGCCAAAAGACGUUCAUGUUGUUCAUUUUCAUGGGCAGACUUUCAUAGAACAAGGAGAGCCAAAGCAUCAGCUUGGUACAUACACACUCCUUCCAGGCUCAUUUCGAACAAUUGAAAUGAAGCCACAGAAACCUGGCUGGUGGCUUUUAGACACCGAAGUGGGGGAAUAUCAGCAAGCAGGAAUGCAGGCAUCCUAUGUGGUUGUAGAAAAAGAAUGCAGGAUUCCAAUGGGGCUAGCAAGUGGAGUUGUACUUGAUUCACAAAUCAGUGCUUCACAUCAUAUAGACUAUUGGGAACCCAAGUUAGCCAGAUUAAACAACUCUGGAACCUAUAACGCUUGGAGCACUAAAAUGAAAGAGGAUGACUUCCCUUGGAUCCAGGUGGACUUUCAAAGAGAAGUUCUAAUAACUGGGAUACAGAUGCAGGGAGCCAAGCAGUUUUUAAGAUCCUUGUAUGUCCAGAAGUUCUUUAUUGCUUACACCAAAGACAGACGGAAGUGGCUCACCUUCAGAGGAGAUAGCUCUGCAGUACAGAAGGUUUUUGAAGGUAAUUCUGAUGCCUAUGGAAUAAAAGAGAACAUUAUUGAUCCACCUAUCAUUGCUAGGUAUAUCAGAGUCUACCCAGCACAGGCCUACAACAGGCCUACUCUUCGCAUGGAGCUCCUGGGCUGUGAAGUAGAUGGUUGCUCUGUGCCACUUGGAAUGGAAAAUGGAGAGAUCAAGAAUACCCAGAUAACAGCCUCUUCUACUAAGACAACCUGGUUUAAAGUGUGGGAGCCUUUCCUUGCUCGUCUCAAUCUGCAAGGAAAGAUGAAUGCCUGGAGAGCCAAGUCAAACAAUAACCAACAAUGGCUGCAAAUUGAUCUCCUCACAAUUAAGAAGAUAACUGCUAUUGCUACCCAGGGGGCCAAGUCCAUGUCUUCUGAAAACUUUGUGAAAUCCUAUGUUAUCCUGUACAGCAACAAAGGCUCCGAGUGGAAAUCAUAUACAGAUGGUUCAAGCUCAGUGGCAAAGGUUUUUAUGGGUAAUGAAGACAGCAGUCAGCAUGUCAAACAUUUUCUUAACCCACCUAUCAUGUCCAGGUUUAUCCGCAUUGUCCCAAGAACAUGGUAUCAUGGUAUUGCCCUUCGGGUAGAACUCUUUGGCUGUGAUUUUGCUGGGGAUCUUGCUAUGAAAAGGACUGAUGAGUCUGGGAGCUCUUAACCUUUUUGCAGUCAUCAUGCAGAGCAACAGGUUUUUUUUUUAACCCUUAAAAAGAUCAUACUUAGUAGUUUGGAUGUAUGCUUCAUCAAAGGACCUAAAUGUUUUGCAAGCAAGAAUUGAGAUUUCUUUGUCAGAUUUUUCAUUUCUAUAAAUAUACAUUUAAGAAAAUAGCUUGUUUUCUAUGGAAAGAAAUAGCAGCAGUCCCUUCUAGCUUGAAUACCAUUCCUUCAUCCUAGCUGUAAACAGUAGUCUGUCUUUCUUUUUACUUGAUUUUAAGUUCUGAAUCCCUGGGGACAGAGCUCUAGCCUUAAUCCUGAGUCCUGAUUACCCUUGUUUUGUAAUGCUUCUGCAGCACAGAUGAGGACUAGAAGGCUACUGGUGAGUGUUCUCCAUACAUAGGGUUGAGAAGAAAAAAAAGUGCAGAUACGGAGCUGUGGUGCUGCAUUCCAGCAACGCCUUGUUAAGAAAGGAUUGUAGGGGUGGCCUCGCUCCUACGAGUCUUUCAUCUGCACUGGGAUGGAGGAGGAACACAUUCCAGGACUGAUGUAUAUGCAACCCCAUCUUGGAGAAUGUCGGUUCACAUUAUCGAUUUGAUUCUUACAUACCAAAUACGCCUGAAAUGCUAUGGAUUUACUAACAAUUGAUCUUCAGUGCCCUGGCAAGAGGAGGGGAUGUCACCAGUAUCUUUCUUCUGCUGAAAUGAGAAGUGAAAUAAUGUAGCCCUGAUGAUGGUAAGUUAUGGAAUGGCAAAGGUAGAAGCAAAACAAGAAUCCAGAACUCCUAACUUUCAGUCCCAUACAAAUUUCUAGACCAUGGGGAGGGGAGGGAGAGCUCCCUUGAAAAGGAAGAGAUUGAGAACCGUAGCUGUUCAGUGAGAAUACAUUCUAGCAGUGGCAGAGGAGGGUUAGAUGAAACUGGGCAAUAAAAACACUGCAUUUUAUCUACCAUUUAGCCCUGACAGUGUUUUCACUAGUGGAGUAUAUGGAUUUUUGCCAGAAUGACUACAUCUAGCAGAAAUACUUUGAACUCAUCAUUCCAGCAGAUUUCUAGCUAAGUGUUCAGCAGUACCUUUGGCUUCUGUCCUAUAAACUGUUUAAUUGCAGUACUUCCAUUUAUCACACUAGGCACCCUUCAGCAGAUUGGAAUACCUGUUUUAAUAGUUUGUCCUUUGUACCUUAUGUAGUGUUAUCUCAGUAGUUUCAAUUUUUAUGUCUUAUAAACUGUGUUAUAAAAUGAAGGUAUAGAAAAGGAAUAAAAAAAUAUAAAAACUAAAUGAAUAUUUUUCUUUUUCCUUUUAUACUAUGUCACAAACUGUUGUCAUUUUUCACCAGAAAAUAAAGAUAACAUUCAGCAUGAAAAAAGCCAGCAUUUUAAUCUGUAUAUUUGCAUUGACAGUAGUACCUCUUUGGCAAAAAUUACUGAAAUUUUGCAUUAUAAAAGUAAUAUUUUCUGGUUGAUAGUAAAUUUCAGUGCUAAUUAGAAUUCCUUUCAGAUUGUGAAACUGUAUGAAUAAUUGCUUAAGAUUAAAAAAUCAAUUGCUUAAUAUUUCAUAA